AUGUGGGGCAUUGAAUGGUCGCUCAACCGAGUGCUCAACCUGGUCGUGCCGCCGCUCGGCCUGCUGCUGCUACUCGCAUGGGCGCCCGUGCUCUUCGCGCUCAACUAUGCGGUCCACCUCGUCCGUUCCUUCUUUUCCAUGAGCGCCGCCCGGGAUAAGACCGUGCUCAUAACAGGGGCGUCGUCGGGCAUCGGCGAGCAUAUUGCGUAUGAGUUCGCCCGCCGUGGCGCUCGCCUGGUUCUGUGUGCUCGGAGGGAGGGGCGGCUGCGCGAGGUGGGCCGGCGGUGCGGCAACAUGGGCGCGGCCGACGUGGUAAUCGUGGAGGGGGACGUGUCCAAGGAGGACGACUGCCGGCGCAUGGUGGACGCUGCUAUCACCAACUUCAGAAGCUUGGAUUAUCUGGUGUGCAAUGCGGGGAUCGGCCAUGCCUUCCUCUUCAAGGAUGCUCAAAGCAUAGAGGGCAUGAGACAAGUCAUGGAUGUGGAUUUUUUUGGCAGUAUGUGGAUCACUCUGCAUGCCCUGCCCUACUUGCGAAGGGCUAGAGGCCAGAUCCUUGUGAAUGCCUCCAUUGGCGCUUUCCUGCCCAUGCCUCGCUUCAGUAUCUACAAUGCUUCUAAGGCAGGGUUAACUCAGUUCUUUGAUACACUUCGGGCGGAACCAGUUGGGGCAGAUGUUGGCAUCACAAUUGGGUUUCCAGCUGCUCUGCUGUUUCGCCUGUUCGCACCAGAAGCCUUGGACUUGUCCUUGCAGAUGAUGAUGCUACCUCUCAUGAAAGGGGCUACUCCAAUCGCCAAAGGCUUUAUGGAUGUUACUAAGGGAAGGCAGUAUUUGUAUCACCCUCCUGCAACCAGCCAGGAGGAAGCAGAAGCUACUGUGUACAGGAAAGGAGAGUGA